AUGACCACUUCAAUAGUAAAAUUAGUGUUCAUAUCUGUCACCAUUUUCAUCUCAAUUUUCCCUACAACUUCUACUUCUGCUGUUGGCCUUGAGAAUGGUUUCCUUCUAUGUUUUCAAUCAGCUUUAGGACAUAACACAACUUCAGGAGUAAUAUUCACCAAAAGCAAUUCUUCUUAUGAACCCCUUUUAGAGUCUUCUAUAAGAAACUCAAGAUUCUUGGUCAGUUCUGUCCCAAAACCAGACCUUAUUGUUACUCCACAUAAUCUAUUCCAAAUCCAAUUAGCACUUCUCUGCUCAAAGAAAAACAACUUGCAAGUAAGGAUUCGAAGUGGGGGGCAUGACUAUGAGGGCCUUUCUUAUGUCUCUCAUGUUCCAUUCUUGAUCAUUGAUCUCAUUAACCUUAGGUCCAUAAGCAUUAACAUCAAAGAAGAAAGUGCAUGGGUUCAAUCAGGUGCUACCCUUGGAGAACUCUAUUAUGCAAUUGCAAAUAUAAGUAAGGUCCAUGGCUUCCCAGCUGGUAGUUGCUCUACAAUUGGUGUUGGAGGACACUUCAGUGGUGGUGGAUUUGGUACCAUUUUUAGAAAAUAUGGUCUAGCAUCUGAUAAUGUAAUUGAUGCUCAAAUGGUAGAUGUUAAUGGGAAGAUACUGAAUAGAACACUCAUGGGGGAAGACCUCUUUUGGGCCAUAAGAGGAGGGGGAGGGUCAAGCUUUGGAGUCAUUACUGCAUGGAAAAUCAAGCUUGUACCUGUUCCUUCAACAGUGACAAUUUUUGAUGUCUCAAGGACCCUUGAUCAAGGUGCUAGUAGCCUUUUCCACAAGUGGCAAACCAUUGCUCCCAAGCUUCCUGCAGAACUUUUUGUGCACACAGUUUUGGGAGUUGCUAAUUCAGUAGUUUCCCAUGGAGGAAAAACUGUAAGAGUUUCUUUCACAGGAUUGUAUCUUGGAACAGCUGAGGAACUCCUUCCUUUGAUGCAAAAUAGGUUUCCAGAAUUGGGUUUGCAGCACAAUAACUUCACUCAGAUGACAUGGAUUCAAUCUGUUCUUUAUUUUGCAGGUUAUUCAAUAGAUGAAUCCUUGGAGGUCUUGCUUGUGAGAAACAAAACAUCCUCAAGUUUCAAAGCAAAAUCUGACUAUGUGAAGGAACCUAUUCCAUUACUUGGCUUAGAAGGGCUUUGGAAGAUGUUACUUUUGGAGGACUCACCAUUCUUGACCAUAACUCCAUAUGGUGGAAUAAUGAGUGAGAUUUCAGAAUCAGAAACUCCAUUCCCACAUAGAAAGGAGAACUUAUAUGGAAUCCAAUAUUUUGUAAAUUUGGUUUCAAAUGAAGAAACGCCAAAGCAUAUAGAUUGGAUAAGAAGACUAUAUGCAUACAUGGCACCAUAUGUGUCAAAGUCGCCAAGACAAGCAUAUUUGAAUUAUAGGGACCUUGAUUUGGGUGUGAACAGAGGAAACUCAAGCUAUGAAGAAGCAAAGUCAUGGGGUUUGAAAUAUUUCAACAAUAAUUUUGAAAGGCUUGCAGUAGUGAAAGCUAGAGUUGAUCCUGAAAACUUUUUCAGGGACGAGCAGAGCAUUCCUCCGCAUGUCCUCUCAAUUCGUAAGUUUAAGUUAGGGUCAUCUUCGCGACAUCCUAAUCGCGCAAAGACAUUGUCAGAACAUAGCUCGCUGUGUUUCCCCAAGUUUCUUUGA